GCGGUGCAGCGAGUCCUCACGCUCGCGCGCUGGCUGCGACUAGAUGGCUGUAGCAGCUGAGGCAAAGCGAGUGGUUCCGGCGGCAGAUUUCUGACUGUCAGACCUGUCCACAAGAAGUGAACUGGCAAGGCUACUUUUCUGUCCUAAAACUGGGGAGCAGAUUGGUAUCAUGAAAGUCUUCUGCGGGCGGGCCAACCCGACCACGGGGUCCGUGGAGUGGCUGGAGGAGGAUGAACACUAUGAUUACCACCAGGAGAUUGCCAGGUCAUCCUAUGCAGAUAUGCUGCAUGACAAAGACAGAAAUGUGAAAUAUUACCAUGGUAUCCGGGCUGCUGUGAGCAGGGUAAAGGACAGAGGACAGAAGGCCUUGGUUCUUGACAUUGGCACUGGCACGGGACUCUUGUCGAUGAUGGCAGUCACAGCAGGUGCUGACUUCUGCUAUGCCAUCGAGGUUUUCAAGCCUAUGGCUGAUGCUGCUGUGAAGAUUGUAGAGAAAAAUGGCUUCAGUGAUAAGAUUAAGGUUAUCAACAAGCAUUCCACCGAGGUGACCGUGGGGCCAGAUGGUGACAUGCCGUGCCGUGCCAACAUCCUGGUCACAGAGCUCUUUGACACGGAACUGAUUGGGGAGGGGGCGCUGCCCUCCUAUGAACACGCACACAGACAUCUCGUGCAGGAAAAUUGCGAGGCAGUGCCUCACAGAGCAACCGUCUAUGCACAGCUGGUAGAGUCCAGAAGGAUGUGGUCGUGGAACAAGCUCUUUCCCGUCCAUGUUCAGACCAGUCUUGGAGAGCAGGUCAUCGUCCCUCCCUUAGAAAUGGAAAGGUGCCCUGGUGCACCCUCCGUCUAUGACAUUCAACUGAACCAGGUGUCACCAGCUGACUUCACAGUCCUCAGCGAUGUGCUACCUAUGUUCAGUGUGGACUUCAGCAAGCAAGUCAGUAGCUCAGCAGCCUGCCAUAGCAGGCAGUUUGAACCUCUGGCAUCUGGCCGAGCUCAGGUGGUUCUCUCCUGGUGGGACAUUGAAAUGGACCCUGAGGGGAAGAUCAAGUGCACCAUGGCCCCUUUCUGGGCACACUCAGACCCAGAUGGGCUCCAGUGGCGGGACCACUGGAUGCAGUGUGUGUACUUCCUGCCACAAGAGGAGCCUGUUUGGCAGGGCUCAGCCCUCUGCUUGGUAGCCCACCAUGACGACUACUGUGUAUGGUACAGCCUGCAGAGGACCAGCCCUGAAAAGAACGCGAGAGUCCACCAGAUGCGCCCCGUGUGCGACUGCCAGGCUCACCUGCUCUGGACGCGGCCUCGGUUUGGAGAGAUCAAUGAUCAGAACCGAACUGAUCAAUACGCCCAGGCCCUGAGGACUGUGCUGAAGCCAGGCAGCGUGUGCCUGUGUGUCAGUGAUGGCAGUCUGCUCCCCGUGCUGGCCCAUCACCUCGGGGCAGAGCAGGUAUUUACAAUUGAGAGUUCAGCAGCUUCUCAGAAACUGAUGAAAAAAAUCUUCAAGGCUAACCAGUUGGAAGAUAAAGUUAAUAUCAUAGAGAAACGGCCCGAGUUAUUAACAAAUGCAGACCUGGAGGGCAAAAAGGUCUCUCUCCUCCUGGGGGAGCCGUUCUUCACCACCAGCCUGCUACCGUGGCACAACCUAUACUUCUGGUAUGUCCGGACGGCCGUGGACCAGCACCUAGACCCGGGUGCUGUGGUGAUGCCCCAAGCCGCUUCGCUGCACACCAUGGUCGUGGAGUUCAGGGACCUGUGGCGGAUCCGGAGCCCCUGUGGUGACUGUGAAGGCUUCGAUGUGCACAUCAUGGAUGACAUGAUUCAGCGUGCCCUGGACUUCAGGGAGAGCAAGGAGGCCGAGCCUCACCCACUGUGGGAGUACCCUUGCCGCAGCCUCUCUGAGCCCCAGCACAUGCUGACCUUUGAUUUCCGGCAGCCGGUCCCCCAGCAGCCCAUGCGUGCCGAGGGUGCCAUGGAACUGAGGAGGCCUGGGAGGAGCCACGGGGCCGUCCUGUGGAUGGAGUACCAGCUGGCCCCCGGCAGCACGCUCAGCACUGGCCUCCUGGAGCCCGUGGGAGACAAGGGGCACUGCCGCUGGAACCCGCACUGCAAGCAGGCCGUGUACUUCUUCAGCACCUCACCGGAUCCCACGGUGCCACCGGGCGGCCCCCGGACAGUCAGCUAUGCCGUGGAGUUUCACCCCCACACAGGAGACAUCACCAUGGAGUUCAGGCUCGCAGACAGCUCGGACUGACCCUCACUUGAGAAAUAAAGUGGCCCGAGGCUGCGGGCUCUGAAUGACCCUGGGAAGAGCCCUGGGCUGGCGGUAGAGACACAGCCCCCAGGUCCCUGCGGUGAGCUGUUCCAGGCUGGAGCGGGAGAGCUGGCGGCCGUGCCCAGGAAGUGCUUCUUUGGCUGGUUCUGAUUGUGUUUGGAGUUUGGCCUUGGCACUGGACACUCCAUGGAGGGGACGUGGCCCAGGGAUGGGCUGCGACUCAGAGGGCUGGCAGAGGCCGCGCAGCUCCGGACGCCGGCGACGUGGCUGGUCUACGCCUCUUCCUCCCCCGCAGACACCAUCAGCCGCAUGGCCACUGGGAGGUGGUCGGUCAGGCCGGACAGCUGGGUGAUGAAACUGAAUUCUUCCACCUCCUGGGUUGAGUGGGGGAGGGGAGAAGCAUCCUGAUUAGGCCCAGAGGGUGUCCUAAAAGGGGGGUCCUAGAGGGCAGGGGUGGCAGCCAGGGGGUCCCAGGUGUGAGGCCUCUGGCCUGGGGUUGGCACGAGUCUUCCUGCAGGUGGAGGUGGGGGACCCAGAGGAUCCUGGGGCCCUACAGGUCUGAGGGACGACAGGUCUCGUUUUCAAAGAGAGUGGCCUGGGGGGUUGGGUCUCAAGGGAGACUCAGUGACGGUGCUGUGGCAAGCUGCAGGCUCAGGGUCCCGCCACCCCCGGGCACAGCCCUGGCUGCCUGGGCCCCAUCACAGACUCACCGCCUUCCAGUCUGGGCACAGCCCCUCCUCGGCGUGCAGCAUGUAGUCGAUGCGCCUGCCGUUGCCCUUCAGCAGGUCCUUCCGCCCCUUCUGGCCCGGGCUUUUGCUGGUGGGAAACGCCAGGUACUCCCUGCGGCCCUCCUCGCUCUCCAAGACCCUGUGCACACAGACGCGCAGCCAGGUGAGCCCCCAAUACCAGCCCCGGGGCCUGGCAGGUUCUGCGUGUGGUGCCCUGUCUCUUCCCCAAGUGGGAGAGGGUGGGUCAGGCCAGACCUCUGGGUUUAAGAUCUGUCUUCCCCGUGGGUCCAAAACGGCCCAGCUGGAGAGAAGCUGAGUCAGAGCCUGCAAGUUUCUGGCUGACUCAGGCACUCCGGGGCCUAUCACAGGUUGUCUUGUGUCCACCUUGGGCUGGCCAGCACUCAGUGUCCCUUUCUGAACUCUCCUGGCUGUGGCUGGAUCAGACACGACGGCCCCUGCCUGCACCCCAGAACCGGCUUCUGUUCUGAGCCAACAGGGCCUGUUUUGGGGAACUUGGUCUUUGCUGUGAGGCUCGGGGACCCUUCACUCCUGGAAGACCUUGAACCUCCCGUGACUGUUGUUUCCUGCUGGCGGGGGCCUGAGGGUGCCGGGAGAGUGCCCAUGCCCCAUCCGAGGACUCGACUGUCGUGUGGCUUUGUCCCUCAGUGGCUGUGCGACCCUGCACCAAGCCUCCAUUCCCUCCUCAGAAACUAGAAUGGUUGUUGUGGGCCUCAAGACACGUCAGGGCACAGGCUGUCCCACUCUCAGAGCGAGCAGUCCCACGUGCGUGCUGAGAGCCGUGCAAGGCUCUGCAGGGAGGUGGGGCACUCGCUGGGGCAUGCGACACCCUGAAUCCGGGUCUUCUGACGCCCUUUCUGGUAUUGUUGCCCUGGGACACAGUGUGCCCAUCUCCCUCCCGCUGGCCUGUCCCCUGGGGUCUGAGCACCACUGGGCAGACAGCUUAGGACCCUUGUGGGAGUCCCCAUCACAGAGUGCAGGCUCGGGCCGGCAUCUGGGGCAGGAGGUGCAGCCGCCAGAAGGGUUAAUGCCUGGACAGACCGAAAGGGACGCCCAGAGGGCACGGCUGGUAAACACGUUUCUACAUGGUUUUUAUCAGCCUUAAGAUAAAUACACUAAUGACAUUCAGACAUUGUUACAGCCCAGAAAUAUAAUCCAUUACUGUCCUUUGCCUUUGAUAAUUAAUUCCAGCAUCAAUGAUCUGAGAGUUACUGAUAGUCAUUUUUUAAUCAUCUCAUAAAAAGAUAAUUUUCUCGGCAUAGGAUGAUGUUUCAAAUUUAGUCUAUAAUCUAAUUAAUUGGCUCAAAUUAGCUGCAAAGAACCAUCACCGUGACUCUGUGCAAUCUUGGGCUGUGAAUUAUAAAUUGGUUCUGCUGUUGGCCUCAAAUAUGUCCUUUAUGGAAGUCUCAUUGGGCUCAAAAUGAAGUGUGGCUGGGAUGGAACUGUCUCUACUUUGAGAAUGAUUGGCUCGUGUUAUCUCUGCUGGUAUUUUAUUUGCCUAAUUGGUACAAGCUGCUGGGUUCCCUUCAGCAGAUGCCAUAACCCACGGCUUAUCUACAGGGGUCGACCCUUGGGCUGGCCCUGGGAAAUUCUGGUCACUUCCUUGUACCUAGCUGGCUGGACCUAGAGCAGGGUGGGCUCCUGCAAAGUGACCUAGACUGGCUGCUGGCUUAGGACAUGCCCCCUGGGGGCCCCUGGCUGCUUGGAGAAGUCUCAGCAAGGCCAGCACCCCCGUUAUGGGGCAGGUGUGGGGGCGUGAGGUCCGGCAGCCAGCCCAGCUCCCAGCUUUCCCGACGAGGGAGAGGUUCCCGCCCAACAGAGGCUCUCACUGGCUCCCGCCCCAGCCUCUGUCUCUCCACUGCCUGAGUCUGGGCUUCAGUCCCUUGUCCCUAACCUGGGAGUUGAUCUGGAUGGGAGGUCCCCCACCCGCCUGCAGCAGCAUGGUACUUACUUCUGAAGAUUCUCAGGGGUGCACACAUCCUCGUCAUACAGGCCAUUGGUGUCCAGCAGGGUACCUGGGGAGGAGGGGACGAGAGGGCUCACUGCAGGCAGGGCCCAGGCAACCUGCAGGAGGGUGGCUCCCAUGGGGUGGACAAGGGCUUCCCCGGCGGUGGGGCCUUGGGGCAGGUCCUGGUGGCCUUCGAGGGAAGCUGGUGCAGAGCGCAGCCUCCACUCGACCCUCCCCAGCCCCAGCUUACCGAUGGCCCACGGCUUCUCCUCCCCCGGCCCCAGGCGGCAGGGGUCCUUGUAGCGUGUAAACAGGGAGUGCUGCUGCUCCAGCUUGUCGUCUGUGUGGGGAGAAGAAAAUGCUGUGGGGUUCGGGGGGGCUGUGCCGUGCUGAAGGGCCUGCCGCCCCUGGUUCCAGUCAGUCGCUCCUACAGAGCCCCCCAGGGCCCUGUCCCUGAGGUAACUGCCUAUAGCUGGGGCCUGUGGCUCAUCUGUCGCUGUUUUUCCACGUCCUUGAGAAAUGCCCCCCCAACACUCUGGUCUUCACCUCUCCCUCUGGGGCUCCAGGGACAGUGACCUUGAGGCUUUCUCACAUCCUGUGGAGCCCCUUGUGGGGGGCUCCUGCCCCCUUCACUGACCUGGGUGCCCAGGCCCGAGGGGAGUGGACCCCACAAGGCUCAGAGAGGGAGGUCACCUUUCCGGGAUUCCCGUUCGUCCUGUCAACUUACCGAGGAGGGUGGGAAGCAGAGGGCACUGGGUGGGGCCUGACUGGGUGGGACCCCCCUCCCCACAGCUUCCCCCUGUGUGCACUGGGUCCCCACUCUGCUGCAGGAGAAUCCCGGGACAUGGUGCCAGGGCAGGAGCCAGCAUGUGGGGGCUGAUGGCCUUGCGGCCCCGCACGGCUGCAGUGGAAGGUCUUCUGCACUCCAUGGGGGGGACUCCGUGUUCCAGGGUGGGAGCACCAUUCUCCCCGCUCACCCUGGAGUUGCCACCCUGGAGUUCUCAAGAGAUGCCUCCCUGCUCGUGAACAGAACUGCUGCUACCUACUGCCCCCAGGUGAGGGCACCACCCUGUGCUCCAGCUGUGCCUGGAGCCCACGCCCUCCUGAGUAGCAGACCGGAGUGGGGAGGAGCAUGACCUCACCAGAGGAGCAGUUGUCAAAGUUGAAAUCUCCGCAGAUGACGUCAAACGCCACCAGCUCCUCGGGGUUGGCUGCGCUGGACGAGGAGGGCAGAAGCACAGGGACCGGCUGAUGACGCUCACGGCCAGACCCCAGCCAGGCCCCAGCCCCGGAAAACAGCAGGCCGGCCACCCUACCUGGCAGGGCAUGCAGCCUAGACCUGGUCACGCCGUGGUGCGCCUUCCCUCGGACACCUCAGUGGGACGACCUCCCUCCAGACCCCGCCCCCCGCUGCGCCGGCCCCUCUGGCUGUGUGUGUCCUGGACCCUCUCCAGCCGGUCCUGUCCCUGUGGCCUCCUGUAGUCCCUCCUUCUCAGCAGGAGAAAUAGUCUCAUGCUCGGCCAACAGAGACGUGCUGGGGUCAGCGCUGCUCUCCAGGAGCUGUGUCUGAUGGGACAGGCGGGCCACAAGACACCCGGGCACUGGGCCGAGGAGCCCGUGAAGGGAAGACCAGCUCCUGCUGGGUGGCACUGAGCAGAGUUCCACGGGGUGGCUCGCCUGAGCCCAGAAAGGCACUGCCACUGCUGAGACGAAAAUAUAUCCAUGGAACAGAACACCAACGAACCAUAUGCCAAAAUAGGAAGGCUGGAUCUAUCUGUCAGAGGAGUUAAUUCAAUGUCAGCGUCUCUUGCUGUGAAUGAAGAGCCAGGGCCCCAGCUCUGGGCCAGGCAGAGCCACAUGAGAGCCAUCGAGCAACCCGGAGCGCGGGCCGGGGCCCUCAGGAGCCUGCCCUGGCGCCAGCAGGCUCGGAGGAGACACCAGCCCUCGCUCCUGGCGGGCGCUGGGCGCACACGCCAGCAUUUCCCGGGCAGGCUGAGUGCAGUCACCCCUGGAGGGGAGCUGAGAAGUGAGAGAAACCCCCUGGGCAGGCCCCAGAGCCUCAGCCCUCCCUGCUGAGCCCCCACUUUUUCAUGUCUCAGAGGGAGAGAACCCCCACCCGAAGCAGCUGCUGCCUCUGGGGGCAGAAGGCCCUGUUCUGCAUCCGCUGCCGAAUGAUGCUUCGGAAAACUCUGGAAGCACCAACAGCGGCUUUUGGACGGAGAACAAAAGUCGACACUCAGUGUCUCAGGCUCCAUGGAAGAUAAUGUGUAAUGACCAAAUUACCGCGGUCUAAAAACUACUCCAAUUGCAUCCAAAUUAGCAGAAAUAAUUAUGAUUCACUUUAAUUAGUGACUAUGGAAGUGAAGCCACAGGCUGGUGGGCAGAGAGCCUGGCAUGGCAGCUGUGUGACAGCCAGGAGGGAGGGGCGUCCGGGUCGGUAAAGCUGGUGGCCUCAGCGACACAGGCGUGGGAAUGGGCCUGCAGACCUGGGAGUCCGUCUGCCUGCCUACCGCACUUGCUCCACGCUAGUCUCGCCGCCUCCUGUGAACCCCUUCCUCCUCCUCUUCCUCCCCUUAUCACUGCCACCAUCGCCACGGCCGCCAUUGCCACCUGCCCUAUCAGAGGCCUCACCGCUCUGGUCAACUCCCACCCUGUCCCCAUCAUGUAGAUGGGGAAAUGGUGGCUCAGAGAUCUGAGGACCUGGCCCAGGAUCACCCAGCUCGGUCUGUCUGUGCCCAGAGCUGUGGUUCUUGUCCCUCCAUUUGUGUUUCCGUUGUCCCCGAGCAGGACCCUCCUGCUCGGCUCCCUGCAAGGCCUUGUCGGCCUCCCACUCCAGCCCCCCGAGGGUGAGGACUCCCGGCCUCAGCCCGCCUCCCUGAAAGGCUCUGGGACUGGCUGGCGCGUGGGCCUCAGGCCGGCCGAGGCCUCCUACCUUGAGAAACAGAGCUCCCUUGGAGGCCAGGGCAUCGGAGUUCCGCCCGUUGGGGUAACAGUGAUAGGCCACGUCCAUGACGGGGGUAGCGGCUGGCAAAGAGGAGGCCGCUGUUGAGACACUUGAAGCUGCAGCAGCCUUGGCAGCCGUAGACCCCGACGUCGUACAGGAUGUACUCGAAGUAGCCGUGCAGCUGGUCUUUCAACUUGGUGGCCGCCCGCUUGUCGAACACCUCCUGCAGGCACAGGAAGUCCAGGUUGGCGGGGAAGAAGGCUGAGACCUCAUGGUCAAAGGCCUCGUCCGGGUGCCGCCUCUUGCGUGCGGCCGCCUUCUUCACCACCGAGGCCUUGUACAGGAGCUUGCUGUUGGCACCCGGCUCCCCGUUGCCGCCGUCCGGCCCGGCUCGCGCCUUCACCAGGGACUCCCUGGAGGCUGAGGGGCUGCCCAGGCUCCCCGAGUCCCCGUCCCGCUGAUUGUGGUUGGGUGUCUGGCCCCUCGGGCCCCCGCCAGCCCCGUUCCUGGCCUGGCUCCCAGGGGCAGGGUCGUCGCCUUCAGGUGGCCGGCCCCCAUCCUCGCCACCGCCACCGAUGCGCACAAUGCAGGCGUCCUCAAGGCCGCAGCCAUCAGCUGGCUCCCCGGAGGCCGGGCCGUUGGCAGCCUCGUCACCGGGGUGCCGCCCGCCAUCACCCUUGUAUUCCACAGAGGCUGUCCUCUUGAUGGUCGCGGGGACGGCCCUGGCCACGCCAUCUCCGCCCUGCGGAGACACCAGGCUGCUGAAGCUGGCCGCGCUGAUGGAGGUGUUGGUGGGCGAGUCGAUGUAGAUUUUGAUCUGGGGCCGGGCGGCCCCGUUGCGGAUUCUCUGCCCGAUCUCUUUGGCCCGUGCUUGGGUGUUAAAAAGGUUGUUGUACCUGG